AUGCUACAAAUACCCCUGCAAGCCCUCAUGUCCAAACACCCGGUCAGUGCUGCUGGGGGUCCCAUGUUGUACUACCCUCCGGCUCCGUUUCCGGUCACUGCCUGUCCACCGCACUCCCAGCUGACGUGUACCGGUUAUCCACACCCCGGCUAUGACUCGCUCACCUCAACGACUACCAUAGCGCCUCAAACGGAGCAUCCUAGCCAGGGAUUGUCUCUGUUGGGGCCGCCAGCCGUCGUACCAUCCAGUGGUACCAAAGGCCAGUCCUCCACUGAUCUGUGGGAUGCUGAGAUAUCUGGGCCCCCCAAAGUACCACCUGGCCUGUCUCCCGUCCUCUCCUGCACUGUGGAUCGCCUGGUCGUUUCCCUGCCUAGCGCCAACCUCGACUCCAUCCAGCUCAGAGAGGCCGGAAACUCCUGGGUGUCGGUGGCCUCCACUCUGCCUCACUGCCGUUAUGAUGUGAAGUCCGACCUGAGGGGGGCGCUGCUGUCCUCUCCUCUCCCCGCCUGCCACUCCCGACAACCCGACAACCCCUCCAUCCUGUCACUGCCUGUGAGGUUCUGGGAUGUUGUGCUCGGCCGUUACCGUUACUUGAACCUGCUGUGCCCCGUCACAAGCCUACCGCCCACCACCACCACGGCUGCACCAACCACCCCGCCCACCACCACCACCACAAUGGACUCUGGUCAAUGGACUCUGCUCCCUCCCAUCCCGACCGAUUUGCCCUCCCCCGUCCCGAAGCCAGAGGUGCUGUGCUCCUCCCAGCACAUGACUGUAGCGCCUCCCCCUGGGCCGGUGUCUGCUAUAAUGGUCAAGGACCUGGAUGGGAAUGAGGUGAAACUGGAGGAUGCCCCAGUUCAUUGUGGGUACAAAGUGAGCAUGGGCAAAAGCAGCCACAUCACCAUCGUCCUGCCCUACGACUCCUGUCAUGUGACGAUCAAGGGGAAUCGGCACAGGGUGGUGUUGAGAUAUCAGCUGUGGGAUGGACGCAGCGCCGAGGCCCAGCUUUCCUGCCCUCUCCCUACGCCUCCCACAGGACCACAGUGUGAUGUGCCCAGUGAGAUAGCCUGUACUCCAGACCCAGUGUCUGCCUCACAGUGCCACAUGCUGGGCUGCUGCCACUGCCCUGCCACCGGAGCCUGCUACUACCCCAUGGACGAGUGCACGGAGGACGGCCAUUUUGUUUUCUCGGUCCCCUCCACCAUCAUGAGCCCUCCUCUCAACCCCGCCAUGCUCAUCGCCGGCGGCAACGCGUCCUGCCCCCCCUGGCGAGCCACCCCCGAGUACGCCCUGUUCAAGUUUCCGCUGGACGGGUGUGGGACCCACAAGUUUGAAGUGGGGGAGUCGGUGAUCUACAUGGUGGAAAUUCUGAACACAGUUCAGGCCAUCUCGUUAAACUAUGGCACCAUCACACGGGAGUCUCCAGUAAGGGUGCUGGUGGAAUGCAGGUAUCUCCCCGGGGCAGUGGUCAGUGUGGGCUACCUGGUGAAGAGGCCGUCCCUCGGCCCGGCCAUCCAAGCCCAGGGUGUGUUCGGUGUCCAGCUCAGGAUUGCUGAAGACCACACGUACACGUCCUACCACCCUCAGUACCACCGGCCCCUGGGCCUGCUGCUGGGGAAGCCCCUGUACCUGGAGGUGCGGCUGCUCAACCCCCCCGACUCCGACCUGGUGCUGCUGGUGCACUACUGCGUGGCCUACCCUCGCUCGGCACACGCCACCUGGGUGCUCAUCUACGACGGGUGCCCAAACCCACUGGAUCCUGUGCCCCAAGUCUACCCGACUCCUCCCCUUCCUGACGCGCCCAGUCAAACCCGCAGGUUCACAGUCUCCACCUUCCAGUUCCUGACCAAUGAGAAUAGGGAGGAUGCACCAGACCCCUCCCACUCAGACGAAGAGAUCUACUUCAUGUGCUCCACCGAGGUCUGCUCUCCCUCAGACGGGCCGUGCGUGGAGGGAUGCUUCAGCGACCCGUCUAAAGACGACACCAAACACUAAAACAACAACAACCUCAAACUCGACAAGACGCCCAGUCUCACACUGCUCCUGCUGUACUAAUAAAC